GGUAACAAUGCCAAAGCAAUAGCGGCUAAAAUAAUAGCGUUUAAUACCUAUUGGCUUGGCAUUGAACAGUAUUGUACAUACAUUCACCUACCGUUUAACUAUUCGUGAUAGCUGGGUAGUUCGGGAAGAGUAUUAGAAGGCGCCAACGACAUAGUUUACCGCUCAUUUCGCAUUUGGUAGCAUUAUUUCGCAUUUCGUUUCGUUCGCUGAGAAAACAUUGACCCUUGCAGCGGUAAACUAAUUUUCGCGCUCUUUAAUGUACAGCAUACGGUUCUCUUAAGUUUACGUUCGUGCAGUACCCUCGUCGUAACUUUGCUCCCGCAGCUUCGUGGUUAUCCAACUCUCUAACUGGUGUCGCCCAGCUUGUCGUUUGUGACGAGAGCUGAUCAUCCGCUCUUAUAUUGUGCCAAUCAAUUGAAACAUCGUUCGCCACUUCGUUUUUGGGUCGAACGCUGUUCUAAUUUAGGUAUUUGUGUGCGCUUUGACAUCUAAUUUUCUAGCUGGUGUCGCCGAGCUUGUCGUAUGCGCCAGAGAGCUGAUCAUCCGCUCUUAUAUUGCGCCACUCAAUUAAACAUCGUUCGCCACUUAGUUUUCGGGUCGAACGCUGUUCUAAUUUGGGAGUCGAGUGCGUUGCGCGCAUUAGAAUUGCGUUUGCUUAUUGGUUCGAACUUGGUUCGAGCUCAGUGUGUCGAGCCAAACUUGGUGUUGGUUGCGUACGCUUAGCUUAGCGUUGCGCGCAUUGGAACUCCAGACGUCCGUUUCGUAGGGGAUCGAACGUGGGUCGAGUUUGGUUCGCCGUGACAGAGCUCGGUUGCGUUUGUUGCGUUUUUGUCUGUUCUAACUGUUGCAGUCGUUGUCGCAUCGAACCUAAUACGUUUAUACGUGGGUACUUGAAUACUUUUGCCGUACUGUCAAACAUUGUUCUCAUUGAACGCAGUGCAUUUCCUCAGGUUAUCGUCGCCUUCGCUUAGCAAGUUUGAAGUUUAGAAGUUAGGAACAGCCAACGUUGGUAAUUUAAUCAACAUGUCUAAAGAUCAUGAUGAAGAGAAGGCAACUGGGAGCGGAAUGUGUGGAAGCACGAAGCUCACAAAAUUGUAUGUGAGGUUGGAGAAGAUAAGCGAAGAUAUAAAUCGAAUGAGGAUAGCAUUUGAGGAGGGUUCAAUUUCGCUGGAUCCAUUACAAAUCCAAUGUCGUUUGGAAAUAUUGAACUCCUAUAUUGAAAAAGCAAUGGCCCUGCAGUCCGAGAUCGAUGUACUAGACCCAGAUAAUUCAGAUAGGGCGGCGUUGGAAGAAACGUGUGUGAUCACAAAGGCUCUGUACAUGUCGGCAGCGACCAACAGAUCCCCUCAACCAUACAUGAAUUCAGCACCCACACACCACCACUCCAAUUUGCCAAAAUUGAAGUUGCCGAAGUUCAGCGGCAAGCAUGCGGAUUACAAACAGUUUAUUAGUCUGUUUGAAAGUUUGGUAGAUUCCGACCCGUCGUUGUCCAAUAUAGAGAAGUUCAACCAUCUCAUAUCGUGCUUGUCCGAUGAAGCCUUGGGAACCGUUAAGGCGUUCCAAAUGUCAGAUGCCAACUAUCCAAAGGCGUUAGAAAGUUUGAAGAGGGUGUACGACAACAAGUGCUUAAUAUUCUUUGAGACACUUGCCCAGUUGUUUGACAUUCCUGCCGUAACCAAGCCGUCAGCGUCUGCAUUGCGAUCAACUAUAGAUACAGUGUCAGCCAUUCUGGAGUCGCUUUUAUCGUUAGGAGACGAGCGAGAGGUUGCUAACGCCAUGAUAAUACAUCUGCAGCUGAACUACGAUGAGCUCCCUUGCUGGUCGGAUUGUGCAAAAAUGUUGAACCGCCGGUACCAACACCUUUCAGCAGAGGAGUCAUCCAAAGCGAGAGGCAAACCAAAGUUUGACAUGCCGUCGACCAGCAAGAAAACCAGCAGAUCGUCAUUUUCUUGCGCGAGGGCCGAAAAGUCGAUCGACCCCAAGUGUGUAUAUUGCGGCGCCAACCAUUCGAUCGGAAACUGCCAGGGAUUUGGGGCAAUACCCGUCUUGGAGCGUUUCGAGUUCGCAAAAGGCAAGCAAUUAUGCAUUAAUUGCCUCCAAUCUGGACAUAGGGUAUCUCAGUGCACAUCCUCUAAGUGCAGAGUUUGUUCACAGAGGCAUCACACCCUCUUGCAUAGAUACGCAGCUCAGAGCGCAGAUUCAGAAAGUCAGGCAAUAGGAGUACAAGCAUCGUCCCAUCCUGCGCAGGUGAAGCAGGCAUCCAGUGAGCCCGAGCAUGUCAUCCUUGCCACAGCAGUGGUAAGAGUUCGGGACAGAUUUGGCCAAGUUCACUUAGCAAGAGUGUUGUUGGAUUCGGGUUCACAGGUCAAUUUCAUGACAGAAAGUCUAGCGCAAUCGCUAAGGUUGGCAAGGGUCAACCGUUGCCUGACAGUGACAUCUGUAGGCAAGUCAAGCUCGGUGUCGAGGAGUGAAGUCUCGACGACAAUAUACUCCAGGUUAAAUAACCAUAGUUUCGUAGCAGAUUUCUGGGUUCUUAGCAGCAUUACCAAUCAGCAGCCUGACAGAAGUCUGCCCAUUAAGCAGUGGAAAAUUCCUGCGAAUGUGGAGUUGGCAGAUCCAGCAUUCCAUCGACCUCAAAGGGUAGAUAUGCUGAUUGGAGCAGACUCGUUCUUCGAUCUGUUGUGCACAGGCCAAAUAAAACUGGGUGAAGGGGCACCAUUGUUGCAAAAGACCCUUUUAGGUUGGGUAGCUUCAGGUCGGUGUAGCAAGCUUCUGACUGGAGAAGCCGCUUGCUGCGUCGCAACCUACUCACCGGAAGAAGACUCUCUGUCUCAAAUGGUCGAAAGACUGUGGGAGAUAGAUGCAACGCCAGAAGAAAAAAAUGCUCAAACAAAUUCGGCAGAGCAGCUGGCAUGCGAAGAGUUUUUCAAAGCCAAUGUCUGCAAUUUACCGACCGGAAGGUUUCAAAUACCGUUGCCUUUUAAGACAGACCCAGUAUCGUUGGGGUCGUCCUUCGAGGUCGCAAAACGUCGUUUCUUAUCGUUAGAGCGACGAACGUUAAGAGAGAGUGAGCUGAGAGACAUGUAUCUCAGUUUCAUGAAAGAAUAUAUCGAGCUCGGCCAUAUGUCUCCGACAGACAACGCGAUUCCGCCAGGACCACAUUAUUUUAUACCACACCAGUGCGUCCUGAGGCCUGAUAGCAGUUCCACCAAGCUUCGAGUCGUUUUUGACGCGUCGAGCAAGACCACAACUGGGUGGUCAUUAAACGAUUUACUUAUGGUGGGACCUACUAUUCAGAGGGAAUUAUUUUUAUCACUCGUUCGAUUUCGGGUGAAUCGGUAUGCUUUAACGGCAGACGUUUCGAAAAUGUAUAGGCAAGUGGAUGUGGCCGUAAAAGACCGGAAUUUCCAACUCAUCGUGUGGCGAGAACAUCCCACCGAUCAAUUGCAAAUUUUUCGGUUGAACACAGUUACCUAUGGUACUUCCGCAGCACCUUUCCUUGCCAUUCGUUGUUUGCACGAGCUCGGUGUACGCCACAGAGACACCCACAAGAAGGGUUCUGAGGUGAUCUGCAGUGAUUUUUAUGUAGACGACAUGCUGACAGGAGCCGAUGACGUAGACACGCUGAAGUCGAUUUGCGAUCAGGUGUCUGAGAUUCUUGGCUCCGGAGGGUUUCAGCUUUCGAAAUGGUUUUCGAACCAUCCAGAACUAAUGGAUGGAAACAAUGAGGAGAAAUCCCUAUCAUUCAAUGAUGCCGAUUCGACCAAAACAUUGGGGAUGAGGUGGAGUCCAAGAACAGAUACGUUCCGGUAUCACUUGGAAGAUAGCUUCACAAACUUGAAUCCGACUAAGCGCACCAUUCUGUCAAUUAGUGCUCGACUGUUUGAUCCGCUUGGGCUACUUAGUCCAAUCAGCAUAACAGCGAAAAUUUUCCUCCAGAAGCUGUGGCAGCUUCAGCUGGAUUGGGAUGAAGCCAUCCCAAUGUCACUGCAUACAAGCUGGGAGAGGCUAAAGCUAAACUUGUGUGGUCUUGACAAAAUAGCCGUGCCUCGGUACGUUAUGGCUAGUGGGUGCUCGUCGAUUCAAGUGCAUGGCUUCGCGGACGCGUCUAGUCAAGCGUAUGGGUGCUGCAUUUAUGUGCGAGCGCUUUUCGAAGGUCAAACGUACGUUCGAUUGAUCGCUGGGAAAGCAAGAGUAGCUCCCCUAAAAACAAAGACCAUCCCGAGGCUCGAAUUGUGCGCCGCAGCGUUAUUGGCGCAAUUUUGGGCCUACGUAAAGCAAGUUUUGGAAAAGUGUCGAAUCGAGAGCGUAUUUUUCUGGACGGAUUCAGAAAUAACGCUACAUUGGAUUAAAACCCAACCGUCGUCACUUGCAGUAUUUGUCUCAAAUAGAGUAGCCAUGAUUCAGGAGCUAUGUCAGGGCAUUACGUGGCGUCAUGUCCCAUCGCUGUCGAAUCCAGCGGACUUGGCGUCUCGCGGAUGCGAAGUGCCUGAGCUCCUGGAGUCCAUAUGGCUAGAAGGUCCGAAAUUUUUAUGUGAGCCUGAGCAUUGUUGGCCAGAGAACCCGCAUUUUAACAUCCCAGAUGAUGUGAAGAACUCCGAGGCGAAACGGUCCGCCCAGGUUCUAAUUGGCGUUGCGAACUCGUUUUCAAAUGAAAUAUUUUCUCGUUUUUCGUCGUACCCCAAAUUAGUUCGAGUUUUUGCGUAUGUAUACCGAUUUGCUAAUAUCGGCAAGAACAAGGAACGUUACAGGGAGCUAACUGCAAAGGAGUUGCAGCAAUCGUCUCUAAAAUUGAUGGAGCUGGUUCAGCGAAGCGUCUUCUCUGAAGAGUUUAAGAAGCUGAAGAAAGGGCAUACGCUGCAACCGAGCCUGCAGAUGAUGGCCCCUUUUAUCCAAAAAAGAUCAGAGGAGGGGCGAUCGUUUACACUUAUCAGGGUCGGAGGAAGGCUGUUGCAUGCUCCAGUGCCAAUAGAGGCUAAGUUUCCGGUUCUACUUCCCGCCAAGAGUCAAUUCGUCGAACUCUAUUUAAGGAACCUGCAUUUUAAAAAUUGUCACGCCAAUGCAAAGACAUUAGUAAGUUUGCUGAGACAAGAGAUUUGGCUAGUAAAUGCACGUCGAGAAUGCACUCGCAUAGUGAGGAGAUGCAUCCACUGUUUUCGAUACAAACCUAAAUUGAUGGGUCAGAUUAUGGGGAAUCUUCCAGCAGACAGGUUUAGGGAAGGUCGUCCGUUCCUGAUUUGCGGGGUAGACUUUUGUGGUCCCAUCAACGUCUCGCUUCGGAUUCGAGGUCGUCAGCCGCUCAAAAUGUACAUCGCGGUAUUUGUGUGUUUCGCUUCGAAGGCCGUCCAUUUAGAGCUUGUCCCAGACCUGUCGACUAAUUGUUUUCUUUUAUCUCUAAAAAGCUUCAUCGCAAGACGUGGCGUUCCGCUGAGGAUGUAUUCCGACAACGGGACAAAUUUCGUCGGAGCCCGGAACGAGCUGCAGAGGCUUCAGGAAGCGUUCGAGGAGCAGCAGUCCAGCCUGAGGACGUUCGCGGCGGAGCAAGGGAUGGAGUGGAAGUUCAUCCCCCCGCGAGCACCGCACUUCGGCGGUUUAUGGGAGGCGGCCGUCAAGUCGGCAAAGCUCCUGAUCGUGCGGCAGGUCGCGGACGCCGCGCUCACCGAGAGCGAGGUGAGGACCGUGUUGGCCGAGGCCGAGGCCAUCAUGAACUCCAGGCCGCUCACUCCAGCCAGUACGGAUCCAAACGACGGAGAGGUGCUUACGCCAGGCCACUUUUUGAUCGGCCAGCCCCUUCGUUCGCUGCCGCAAGGGUGCGAGCCAGACGGACGAAGCAGCGGUACCACCUUUACCAAGAGGUGGCAACUACUCUCCGAGCUCAAACGAUGGUUCUGGCAGGCUUGGUCGAAGGACUACGUCCACAACCUGCAGGGACGCAGCAAAUGGCAAACCCCAGAGGCCAACAUCGAAGUCGGCGCCAUGGUGGUGGUCCAGAACGACCAUACGCCGCCGCAGCAGUGGAUCACCGGCAGGGUCACCAGCGUCGUCGUGGGAGCAGACGGCAAGGUCAGGGUGGCAGAGGUGCGAACAGGAGGGGGCGUGAUUAGACGCCCAAUCCAUAAGCUGGCACUUUUGCCGAUACGUUGA